AUGACCCCCUCCAUCCCACCCCCCGCUGUCGGCCCCCUUGUUUACCAAAACCCUCUACGUCCAUUUCACACCUACCAACCACGCACCAUGGAGGUCAACGAAAAUACCAUUCCCGAGUUGCAGCCCGUCUUCUCCUACCUCAACAGCCACUCUAACAAGCUGUACCAUGAGGGCUACUUUCUCAAGCUCGACGACCAAAACACUCAGGGCAAGCCAAACCCCGACCGUACCUGGGCAGAAUGCUUCGCCCAGCUUGUUGGCACCGUCCUGUCGCUGUGGGAUGCCGCCGAGCUUGAUGCCGCCGGUGAGGACGGUGAAGUCCUCCCCAAGUUCCUGAACCUGACGGAUGCCUCGCUCAAGAUGAUUGCGUCGCUCCCGACGCGCUCCAAUGACGAACAGCCCCUCCAGAACAUCCUCAGCAUCUCUACCGCGGGCCGGAACCGCUAUCUCCUUCACUUCAACUCGCACGAGUCCCUCGUCGAGUGGACCGCUGCCAUCCGCCUGGCCAUCUAUGAGCAGAACACUCUGCAGGAGGCCUACACAGGUGCCCUCAUUGCCGGCAAGGGAAAGACGCUGAACAACAUAAAUGUCAUCCUCGACCGCGCCAAGGAGGAGAUUGGCAACUGGGUCCGUGUCCGCUUCGGCGCCGGCCAGCAGUGGAAGCGCUGUUGGUGCAUCAUCGCCCCGCCCGAUGAGAAGGAGUUCAUCAAGUACCAGAAGGAGAUGAAGAAGCGCUCCCCUUACGACAGGUCUGCCGCCCCCCCUCUCAAGGGAAAGAUCCUCUUCUACGACCAGAAGAGGGAAGGCAAGAAGCAGAAGAAGCUGGCACCUCUGGCUACCAUCAACGAUGCCUACUCGGCCUACGCCAUCUACCCCCAGGCCAAGGCUCUGAUUGACGCCUCGACCCUUCUCAAGAUUGAGGGAAACAUCACCCUGCACAUGUCGUCCGAGCCCGAGAUCAACAUGGAGGGCUUUGUCUUCGUCAUGCCCGAGGUUAACCCUAUGGUGACGGGCUUCGAGAUGCUUCUCCGCUUCCUCUUCCCCACCUGGGACACCUUCAACCUCUUUGGACGUCCUGGGAAGUUGGUCGCUAGCCUGCUCGACUCGAGGUCUCUCAUGUUUGCCAUGCCCAAGAACAAGCGCUACGGAUACCUCGACCCCUCGGAUGUCAUCGCCCUCAUCAACGAGAAUGACAGCAGCACUUGGUCCGAGCAGGAGUGGAGGAAGCGUCUGAAGGAAGCGACCGGCACGCGCAUGAACGCCAUAGAGGAUGGAACCAGGACGCCUCACUCUCGCAGCAACAGCCGCAGCAGUGCCCAAAUUUCCUCUGGUCUACCGGAGGGUGCCUCGCGCCCCAGGGUGGGUUUUGCCGGGGCGGACGCUGCCGGCCGUUCCCGUGGUAUCUCUGACCCGAAUGCGUCCCCUGGCGGUCUGUCUGACGGAGCCCCCACCACUGCCGCGGACUUUGGCGGCGCCAUGCGCAACCUGAACACGCCCGAGCCGGUGAACCGCCCCCCCGAGUUUGGCGGUAUGAAGCACUCAGGCCGCCCCACCAGCGCCUACCACUCACCUGAGCUCCACCAGGCGAACAACAGGCUUUCGCAGACGACGCUAGCCCAGAUUGCCGGCGGCGCCAAGAUGAAUAACAACCAGCCCCCUAUGGACAGGAGGGGUAUGGAGGAUGGAGCGAGAAUUGGGCCUUCGGACCCACGAAUGCCGCCCCCGCUCAGCAUCCCGCAGAGCGCGUCCGACACGUCGAUGGGCUCGGCCAGCCCGUCGUACGGCCCACCCACCGGCUCCUCGCCGCGCUCUGGCGCUCCCUACUCCCCCGUGGACCCGAAGGGAGGGGGACAGGGACCACUGUCCGCAGGACCCCGACCCCAUCCCCACCAGGGCAACCCGAGCCCCGGGCCCCCCGGCCGAGGCGGACCGCCGCCCAUGGGCCUGGGAUCACCACCAGGAGGAGCAGGGCCACCGCCCGGUAUGUACGGUAGGGGUCGCGGCGGCCCUCCCGGUGGCGGUGGCCGAGGAGGACCAGGCUAUGGCCCUUCCGGCGGCCCCCCCGACCAGCCAGCCUUUCCUGACCGGUCUGCCAGCUUCAACAAGCACAUGAGCACGACGGCAGAUGAAAUCAUCGACUCGUACGCUUCUGGUCUCCGUGGCCCUUACCGCAGGCCCCCCCCGGGAGCCGGACCCCCGCCCAGCCCUGGUGGACGAGGUUAUGGCCCUCCCCCACGAGGAUUUCCCGGCGGCCCGCCACCCAUGGGCUACGGUCGUGGCAACGGACCUCCACCGCCGGGUAUGAUGGGGCCGUCCGGUGGGAUGGGACCGCCCGGCGGGAUGGCCCCCCCCGGUGCUCCCUACGGCCAACCGCAGCGGCCGUACUCGCCCUCUGGGCCCAGACCUGGAACGGGAGGACGAAACUCGCCUGCGCCAGGUGGUAUGGGCCGCGGAGGCAUGGGCUGGUCCGAAGAUGGCCCUCCCCAGCAGAGGGGCGGAGCGCCCUGGCAGCAGCCGCUAAGGACGGGCUCUCCCGGACCAGGACCAGGACCAGGCGGACCUCGCCACGGCGACCGCCCCCCGCCUAGCCCUGGCCUGCAGCAGCCCCCCCCCCAAGGCAGCUUCUCGCGGCCGAUGGGACCUUCGGGUGGUGCGCCGCCGUCGCCCAUGCAACCUCCGUACGACCCUCGACAAAUGGCGCCACCGCAGGGUCAGUACGCGGGUCCCGGACCUCAGCGCGGCAACGCGCCGCCGGCUCAGUACCAGGGCCAGGCAUUCUGA